AUGCUGUCUCGCUCUCCAAAUCUAGAUAAUUUGAUUGCUUUGAAAGAUUUUGAAGGCAUUCAAGGAUUGCCCCUUCUAAGGGAUAUUGAAGAUCUGUGUUAUGAAAAGAACACCAGAAAAUCCAGUAGAGCUGAAAUAGAGCUCCAGAAACAGGAGGAAGUUGCCAAUUCGCGUGUCAGACAAGCAGACGAUAAGGGAAGGGCUUAUGGAUCAGGAAGGAGAAAAUGCAGCAUAGCCUGUGUCUGGAUUCAACCUGGUGAGGGUAAAUUUGAAGUAAAUGACAAAGAGUUUGACGUGUAUUUCCCCAUUCUUGAUUACCGUGCUGCUCUUCUCGGCCUUAAACUGAAACUAAGUCUUUGGGUCAAGUCGGAGCCAUCCGUUUGGGCAUCAGCAGAGCGUUGCAAAACUGGGAACCAGGCCUACGACGUCGUCUCAGAGACAUGA